GAAUUUGGGGCAAAAGUACAAAAUCGCCAUUAAUGGAACACAAGAUAAGAUAAUGUGGAGUAACGUUAAGAGCGACGGACGCGUGAUUAAAACGUACGUAGCGAUGAACGAAGAGACUUGGCUCUCUCCUCCUCUGGCCUACCGGAUUUCAAUGCUUUCAAUUUUUUUCCUUGUUCUUUUCAAUUUUGUGGAGCACAACGCAACACGAAGAGGUUGACACAGACGGUUAGAGCGAGAACCUGAUAAUUUCUUAGAGAGAGGGGAAAGACAAAAUCUAUCUUUCCGAGCAAGUUGGAUAAUCUGUUUGGACUUUGGAUAGGAGGAAAAUGGGGUUGAUCUCGGGGAUAUUGUUAGGGAUGAUAUUCGGGAUCGCGUUGAUGGCAGGAUGGAGGCAUAUGAUGAGGUACCGAAGCACCAAGAGAGUUGCCAAGGCAGUUGAUAUAAAACUACUUGGCUCCCUUAGCAGAGAAGAUCUGAAGAAAAUAUGUGGUGAUAACUUUCCUGAAUGGAUAUCUUUCCCUGCCUUUGAACAGGUGAAAUGGUUGAACAAACAACUCAGCAAAUUGUGGCCUUUUGUUGCCGAUGCAGCUACCAUUGUAAUAAGAGAAUCUGUUGAACCACUAUUGGAAGAAUAUCGUCCUCCAGGAAUUACUUCAUUAAAGUUCAGCAAAUUAUCUCUUGGAAAUGUGCCACCCAAGAUUGAAGGAAUUCGUGUUCAAAGUCUAAAAAAGGGACAAGUAAUUAUGGAUAUUGAUUUUCGAUGGGGCGGUGAUCCGAGCAUUAUUUUAGGCGUUGAAGCUGCACUUGUUGCUUCAAUUCCCAUUCAGUUAAAGGAUCUUCAAGUGUUCACUGUUAUCCGUGUUAUCUUCCAACUUGCUGAAGAAAUACCUUGUAUCUCUGCUGUUGUUGUUGCACUUCUUUCUGAGCCGAAGCCUAGAAUUGACUAUACACUGAAGGCUGUUGGUGGAAGCUUAACAGCAAUUCCUGGAAUUUCAGAUAUGAUUGAUGACACUGUGGAAUCAAUUGUCACAGAUAUGCUUCAGUGGCCUCACAGGAUUGUAGUUCCGAUUGGUGGUAUACCUGUCGAUCUUAGUGAAUUGGAGCUUAAACCACAGGGCAAGCUUACCGUGGCAGUGGUAAAGGCGAAUGAUCUAAAGAACAUGGAAAUGAUUGGGAAAUCUGAUCCUUAUGUGGUUUUGUUCAUUCGGCCUCUAUUCAAAGUCAAGACACGUGUUGUAGAGAACAACCUGAACCCUGUUUGGAAUCAAUCCUUUGAGUUGAUUGCAGAAGACAAGGAGACACAGUCACUUACUUUUGAGGUGUUCGAUAAGGACAUCGGACAAGAUAAAAGGUUAGGACUGGCAAAGUUACCUUUGUUCAACUUGGAAGAAGAAGUUGAGAAAGAGUUUGAUUUGAGGCUGCUACCAUCACUUGAUAUGAUGAAAAUAAAAGACAAGAAGGAUAGAGGAACUGUGACAGUUAAGGUAUUCUACCAUCAUUUUAACAAGGAGGAGCAGUUGGCUGCUCUGGAAGAGGAGAAGAGGAUCCUAGAAGAAAGAAAGAAACUGAAAGAAGCAGGAGUGAUAGGGAGCACAAUGGAUGCACUUGAUGGAGCUGCAUCACUGGUUGGGUCUGGUGUUGGGCUGGUGGGUACUGGUAUUGUUGGCGGCGUUGGGCUUGUGGGAAGCGGUGUUGGUACUGGAGUCGGUAUAGUUGGAAGUAGCCUAACUAAAGCAGGAAGAUUCAUGGGCAGGACUAUCACUGGGCAAUCUAGCAAGAGAAGCGGCUCUACAACUCCAGUCAUUAGUGUGCAACAAAAUGGUGGGGCAAAGCCACUUUAAUGCUCCAGCUGAAAAGUAAGUGAAUUUGGUAUUUGGGUUGUGUAUUAUGUAAAGGUUAGAUUGAAAUAUUUCUUGUGUAGAUUCUUUUCUCAAUAAUAUAUGGUAUUGAAUUGUUAUUUUUCCAGUAAA